CAGCCCCACAUAGAGUGCAUUACAUUAGUCCAGUUGGGAGGUUACCAGUGCAUGUGUUGCUAGGCAACUCUCAUCCAGGUAGGAUUGAGAUGGAUCAACCGAAGCUGAAGGAAGGCACUUCUCACCACCGCCAUCACCUAUGUACAUACGUUGCUCAGGAACUUGGGUUUAUGGGUGCUUUUGUAAUCAUGCCCUGCUUGUAGGUUUGGCUGAUUGACUUCUGUUUGAACAAAAUGCUGAACCCGUGGUCUAAUCCAGUUUUGCUCUUAUGUUUAGGAUAGGGGGGAAGAGGGAUGUUCCAGAAAUGAGAGGAGCAGAGCAUGCUGCCAAUUUUCACAUCAAUAACCUGGUUCCAGUGCCAUGUUCUACUUAGCGGCAGCUGUGUCUGAUUUCUACAUCCCUGCUUCCGAGAUGCCCGAACAUAAGAUCCAGUCUACUGAUGGACCCCUCCAGAUCACAAUGAAGAUGGUACCAAAAAUGCUCUCUCCUCUGGUCAAAGAAUGGGCCCCUGAGGCAUUUGUCAUCUCUUUCAAGUUAGAAACGAAUCCUUCCAUCCUGAUUGACAAAGCGCGGCAGGCCUUGGAGAAAUAUCGCCAUCAGGUUGUGGUAGCCAAUGUGCUGGACUCCAGAAGAACCUCUGUGAUUGUGGUAACUAGGGAUCUGGAGACUCGGUUGUCGCUUUCUGAUGAUGAGGUAGCUGGAGGCAUGGAAAUCGAGGAGAAGAUUGUGAACCAUCUUGAGCUACAGCACAGGGCUUUUAUGGAGAAAUAACUGCCAGUGAGCAAAAAUGACUUCUUUGGAUCUUCACAGCUCAACAGACUUUAAAGAAUGGUUAAGAGGUGGUGGUGGUGGUGGGUGGAACUGGAAUACUUCUUUAUCACUGGUACAUAGAGUAUUUAAUGGCAAGUUUACAUAGGAUCAAAAAGAUGAAAUUUUGACCCAGUAUGAUUAUUUUUUGCACACCUUCACAUGAGUGUGCUGCUGUUUGGAGACCAUAAAAUGUAUAUAAAUGAGAGAGACAAUCUAGA